CGUGACUGUCUCAUUCUCGGCCUUCAAGUGAGCAACUUAAAGUUCCUUGUACAUAGACGGUGAUCAUUUGCUGAUAUGGGCGUAGCGCCUCCUCUCGCUGCUGCUCUUGCGCGUAUGUCUAUACGAACUUCAACCGAGAUCCAAGCUGCCUGUAUUCCUCCCCUUCUCGCAGGGAGAGAUUGCAUAGGAAAUGCAAAGACUGGCUCUGGGAAAACCAUAGCAUUUGCAAUCCCAAUCUUGCAGAAGUUGUCUGAGGAUCCAUAUGGGAUAUUCGCACUAGUACUGACACCUACGAGGGAACUGGCAUUUCAGAUAUCUGAACAAUUUGCGUCUGUCGUUGUCGGUGGCAUGGAUAUGAUGACACAAGCUUUAGAACUGGGCGGCCAUCCCCAUGUUGUAGUAGCCACACCCGGGCGUAUCGUUGAUCACUUGCGGAGUAGUAACGGCGAAUGGAAUUUGUCUCGUGUCAAGUUUCUUGUAUUGGAUGAAGCAGAUCGCCUUCUUACACCGACCUUUUCCCCUGAACUCAAAUUUUUGUUCGAGACUCUCCCAAGUGAUCGGCAAACUUGUCUUUUUACUGCUACCCUGACACCAGCAAUUGAGUCCUUGGUUGAAGCCCCGCCGAGAUCUGGAAAGGCGAAACCUUUCGUGCAUAGAACAUUAUCAACUGUUGAAACAGUCACGACGCUAAAGCAACAUUACGUCCUGGUUCCUUCGCACGUGCGCGAGCCAUAUCUUUACCAUAUACUCUGUAAUCCUCCGGAAAGUAUCGCAUCACUCCGGAGGGCAACCCCAGAAUCAAUUAAACAGGGAAAACCCAGAGGAAAUCCAAGACACCGGGGAAAGACCAGAGCAUCGCGAAAACCCGGUCCGGAUGAGGAGGGUAUACCCAUCCAACCACCACCUACCAUCAUUUUCUGCACGAAGCCUCGGACAGCUGCUUAUCUUACUCAUCUACUUCAGACCUUGUCUAUUCGCAGCACCGCGCUACAUUCAAGAUUGACGCAACGCGAACGGUUGACGUCACUGUCACUUUUUCGGUCCUCUUUCAUUCCGGUUCUUGUAUCAACAGAUGUUGGCGCCCGUGGUUUGGACAUUGAGGACGUGGCAAUGGUCAUCAACUGGGACUUGCCAAAUGAGCCCGAAGAAUACACUCACCGAGUUGGUAGAACUGCACGCGCUGGUAAAGGUGGUGUUGCUGUUAGUUUUGUGACCGAAAAGGAUGAGGAGCGGGUAUCACGAAUAGAAGCACGGAUUGAAAAAUUGAAUGCCGUAUCCACAGCGAAAAGGCUAGCAAAUAUGGAAUUACAUGAUUCAAACUUUGGCCAACGAGAAGAAAUACAUAAACUGAAGUCUAAGAGAAAGCGGAUGCAUGAUUGAUCGCUGUAUUCACCCCGGCUGACAGCGCGGUCAAAGUUGUGAACCUGUGUCCGUAAUACUUUUCCCACUCCACGGCAACCUCGGAUGCUUGGUCUCGUCUCACUUCUGGAAAUAGGAGUUGGAAGCAGACCGGAAGCACCCGGAGUUCGCUCUCGAUCCGUAGCAGCUCAAAUACUGCGGAAUAGAAUAUAAUAAAAAGUGACCAAUUAAGG